AUGAUUGAAAUAUAUUGGUCCAACUGGUGCAGACAACGGUCACUCUGGGAUCAGGAAUGGAACAGUAUUGUCUUUAGUGACGAGUCUCGAUUUUGUUUAGGCAUGCACGAUGGUCGUGCCAGGGUUAGAAGGCGACAUGGUGAAAGGAGGAAUUCACAGUUUUUUGUUGAAAGACAUGUUCAACACACUGUUGGAGUUAUGGUUUGGGGUGCUAUAGCUUAUGGUUCCAGGUCACCUUUAAUCUUCAUCAGAGUUCUAGAACCCCAUCUUUUACCCUAUCUUGACACCCUAGCAGAUCCAACUUUCCAACAAGAUAAAGCCCGACCAUAUGUUGCAAGAGUCACAAUAGACUUCUUUCAACAUAAUGAUGUCACAUUGUUACCAUGGCCACCAAGAUCUCCCGACUUAUCCCCAAUUUAUCCCCAAUUGAGCAUGUAUUGCUCAAUUUGCAACGAGUUGGUGGUUGCCUGGAAUGAGAUACCACAGGAGGACAUUGACCACCUGAUCAGAAGCAUGCCUAGGCGCGUUGGAGAAUGCGUAGCACAUCAGGGUGCAUCCACACAUUAUCAAAGGCAGUAUUUAACGGAAGAAAACGUGGAAUUAUUGGACCAUCCUCCAUAUAGUCCCGAUCUAAGUCCUAACGAUUUCUUUACUUUCCCGAAAAUUAAAAACAGAAUGCGUGGUCAAAGGUUCCAGUCACCAGAAGAAGCAGUUGACGCAUUCAAAAAUACCGUUUUGGAUCUGCCAGCAAACGACUGGAGUAAGUGCUUCGAGAAUUGGUUCGAGCGCAUGCAGAUAUUUAUUAAUCUUCGUGGAGAAUACUUCGAAAACAAUAACGUCAUUUAA